GCCCUUCUGAACCUACUCACCUACCUCCUGAUCUCCUCAUAUAUCUUCUCUCUUCAGUUGCGAUACAGGUCUGAAAAAACUAAUCAUUUCUUCUUCUCUUCUCCCCUCGUUCUCUCUCUAGUUCAGUUUUGCUUUGCAGGUAGCUUGUUGGAGGAGGGAGCGGAGGGCCGUGUGUCUGUCUUGGAGAUGGCAAGCUCCAACGAAAAGAACAGAGCUGCUCCACAGAGGGUAGAGGCAUCUUCCCAGAACAAGUACGGAGGGAUUUCUCCGAAGAAACCCCUCAUCAACAAGGGCCACGAGCGUGCCUACUUCGACUCCGCUGAUUGGGUCCUCGGCAAGCAAGGCGCGAGCAACAACAGCACGAAGGGCCCCGCGGAGCCCCUGAAGCCUAAGCUGCAGCGGACCGCGUACCACCACCUUCCCCCGCGAAGGCCCGCGUGCGCGUCGGGAGGGACGGACUAGCUGGCGUGCUCCGGCUCUUGCGUCGGCGUCGACGGUCUUGCGCAGGGCGAACGGUGCUGUGGAUGUGAGUCGCUCGGUCGUAGAGGGAGUUGCAGCGAAUUGGGCAUGUAAAAAUACCAACGGGGAUGCAAUCAUGCUACCGUCGUUGUGGAGUCGUGUGAAAUGGAUCAGAUAGUUCACUCGCCGCCCCCUUAAUUUUCGUUUGGUUGUUUUCUUGAGUAAUUGUGCUCA